CCCCCAGCAGUCAUCGCUUAUUACCGUCCGUCUGCGCAACCGAGUAAUAUUUUUUAAAGCCAACGUCUCGGGUAACGAUACACGAAGGCUCAGUUUCCGGUUAGCACUCCAUCACCGCCUGUCUCAUUACGAAGGGGGAAAUGAAAACAGCUACAUUCUGCGUCUCUCCUGACUGGAGUAGUUUGAAACGUUAUUUUUGCGUCUUUGGCGUGGUCUCCUGCCAAUUUACCCACGAUGUGUGAUUUUGCUUUUUGUGGAGAGAGUCGCCAGAGUGCGCUGCGGCUCUGGACUCGGUAGCCAACGCCAACGUUAGCUUUGCAAAGCUGCACGGCCUGCUGCAGCAGGUUUAUUCACGAAAGGGCCACUUGGCUGCUCAGGCUCAGCGACAUGAAUGUGGUACGUCUAGUGUGCCGCCACAAGACUGCAUUGUUCCUCUGCACUGUGUGCACCUUUGCUGUGGUCCUUGUCUUCUUGGCCAAAUGUACCUCCGAAACCCUGAAGCAAGGUCAUGCGGAUCCACCGGGCUUAGCCCCCCGCGCCAGCGCAUUACAUCCCCGUCUAGAGGAGCAUGACCGAUAUGCCCCGUCCAAAGAUGUGUCAGCGUUCCUCGUAGUCCUCAUAACAACGGGGCCCAAGUAUACUGAGCGCAGGAGUAUCAUCCGGAGCACAUGGCUGUCCAAAAGGGACUCUGAUGUUUUGGCCAUGUUUGUAGUAGGAACUCUGGGGCUUUCCAACGAAGACCUUCAGAACCUCAAUGUAGAACAAGGACGGCACAAAGAUCUGCUUCUACUACCUAACUUGAAAGACUCUUAUGAGAACUUGACAAUGAAGCUGCUGCACAUGUACUCCUGGCUGGACCACAAUGUGGAUUUCAAAUUUGUCCUCAAAGCAGAUGAUGACACAUUCGCUCGGUUGGACCUCCUCAAAGAGGAGCUGCGAGGGAAAGAGCCCACUCGCCUGUACUGGGGCUUCUUUUCAGGCCGAGGGCGUGUCAAGACAGCCGGGAAGUGGCGGGAAAGCUCUUGGGAGCUCUGCGACUAUUACCUCCCCUACGCACUGGGCGGCGGCUACAUUUUGUCAUCUGACCUGGUACGAUACGUGCAUCUCAACGCAGGCUACUUAAAGAUAUGGCAGAGUGAAGACGUCUCUUUGGGUGCCUGGCUAGCUCCGGUGGAUGUUCGGCGGACGCAUGACCCGCGCUUUGACACCGAGUAUAAAUCCCGCGGUUGCAACAACAAAUACUUGGUGACACAUAAGCAAAGUCUGGAGGAUAUGCUGGAGAAGCACCAGAUGCUACAGCGUGAUGGCAGGCUCUGUAAGGAGGAAGUUAAGCUGCGACUCUCGUACGUGUACGACUGGGGUGUGCCCCCCUCACAGUGCUGCCAAAGGAAGGAGGGUAUUCCUUAAUUUUAUCUGCUUAUCACUCAGCUGAAGUCGACAUCUACUUCCUACUACUGUAAAGUCUUUCAUCGUUUUUACACUGCACGCCCUAUUGCAGUUUGUGUUGUCCUCAUAAACCUUGGAUCAGUGGAUGGAAAUGGAGAGUAGUUUUAAUAAACUUUCCCAAUGUUGUGAGGUACCCUUGUGAGGAUAACCAGCACAGAAAAUGGUGGCUGUUUGAUCAAAGCACAUUGUACUUUAUUUCAAAUGCCAUUUUAAGGGCCUUUCCCCAUUUAUACUUAUGUUUUCCUUAAUCCAAAAGUACAUCCUGGUUAAAUGCGACCACCGCAUUUCCUUACAAAGUGACCUCGCUGUGCUUCUAUUGAUCCGUUUAAAUAAAGAGACGCCACACUACAGAUCGACUUUUCCCUCCGCCCCUUUCUAGAAAUAACAGAUGAUAGUUACAUUUUAGUGUGGAUUUUUACUGUGCCGGACAAACACAACUAAGAAUUUUUCCAGAAAAGUAGCUGGGCUACACUUUAGUGAGUGGUGUAGACUUUUAUAUGAAAGAAAAUCUUUUAAUUUGAUAUUUUUAUGAAAAAUAAUUUUGAUUUAUAUUCUAGAAUUGCAUUUGCAAAGCCACCCCAAAUAAAUCCCAUACCACUAAUAUAUAUUUGGUACACUUGUUUAGUAGUAAUAAUACAGUAAUUUAAAAAAAAAACCACCCUCACUCACUAUAAAAUGAGGAAAUACGGUACUGUUUAAAGACGGGGAUUCACAGUAAUGAUUCAACUACUGUGGAAAGCCAUUGUUUGAUAUCCUUCAUAUGCAGCUUCAGGUCCAUGUGCUAGUACACUCUUUUUUUCCUUACUUAUUUGGACAACUUUGGCAUACAGGUUACUAUUGAGGCAAACUAAUGACUGUGUGUUACUAGUAAUACUAGUCAGUAGUCACAUAAAAUUCUGCUACCUGACAAGUUUUGGCUCACUUGUGAUGUAGUUGACCUUCUACUCUACCCAAGUUGUCCUUCAAGUGAGGACAGCGCUCACUAGUACCUUAAUGGAGGAGUUUACAAGAUUUAAAAGGUUUAAACAGAUGUCAUUCUCAAAUUCACACGGACUGAAUGCAUGCCAAUCCUUUCUUUUUUAGCAUUUGUUGCUUGUUAGCUAUGUUUAUAUUUUGCUAGCCUUAUACCAAUUUGUUGGUAAGUGAUAGAUGGGCAUUUUUUGAGUGGGUGUUGGGGUGCAGGAAGUGGAUAUUUUACCAUAGUUUCAGCAAAGCUCCAAAACCCCAAGGUAACAGCUCAGUUCGGUCGCCCACAUUGCAUCAAGUGCAUUGUCCCGAGCAGCCCCUUAACGUCACUUGACGCACAGAUGCCAAAAAUUGUUGCUGUGCGUAGAAUGCCGCUGAGAUUAUCUCUCGUGAUUUGUCCGUUUUAGUUACAUGUUAAUAUGAAGUACUCACUGCUCCUUCCCGUUCCACAUCCCAUCCACGCCGCUGGCUUCUUCAUAGAUUUUGCAGCAUAAUUAAAUGUGUCAUCUUGUUGUCUUUUUUUCCUCAGGCUUAAUUUCUUGCAAACCCAAUUAAUUUCACCCAAUGAGGCCAGAAGGCAGAUUUUUAUUUUCAAAGUUCAUUUACUUAUGUGCUAUUGUAUGCUCACACUGACAGAUUUAAUAAAUACAACAAUACCGUUCUUUUGGGGGAGGGGGGAAUUGCAAACUCCCCGUUUAAGCUGUGAUUCAGGGCUUUCAAUAAAACUGCUGUUGUCAUCUCAAUCCUGUUCAUGUCCAUGAUGGGACAAAAUGACGUACUAUGUGGGAAUUCUUCUGAUUUGCAUGGGAGUGUAAACAAAAUCCUCAUUUGUGUCACCAAAUCCUUAGUUCUUGGGUAUUUUAACAAAAGCAUCACUCAGCAUUCAUGCACAAGGGGAGGUGUUUCUCAGUUUAAAAAAAAAAAAAAAAGUUUUGCACAACUAGUGUUUCAUAUUAUGAUUAUAUUUUGUAUUAAAAAUUCGUUUUGGCCUUGAAUAGAUGCUUUCAACCUUGUGUAUGUCAGUAUUGUCAUCAUCUUUAUUUUCUCAUUUUGAACCUCUUCUGAACAUUUGUACACAAUUUGAGUUUCGGAGGUUAUGUUAUGAAAGUAUAUUUUAUGUUGCAAAAUAACUUUGAAUUUGUAUUUAUUCUUAAUUUAUUAUUGGUGUAAGCACAGUGGUUGUUAUGCCAGCAUAUGGGCGGGCACAGUGAAUUUGUAUUUCCAAAAGUCCCCAAUUAGACAAGGUUUUACGCAUGUGGAAUUGCACAGAGUGUGAAAGUGGAAACGGUUGAAUGUCUUUUGUUCAGCAAGCCAUCAUGUUUCUUCACGCGAUAACUUCUGAGUGGAGUGUGCGGUGACAAUGGACUGUUUUAGUCAACGUGUUUCUUGAGUACUGUGCAGCAGUGUUCGAAUGUUCUCUUUAAGAGCACAGCUUUGCCAGCAGGUCACCUUUCCUUGGCAAUUUUUUUUUAAUCUAUUCUGAUGUUUUCCAAGUUUACCUUGCCCUUACAUCAUCAUUGUACAAUGUCAUCCACCCGGGAAUAAGUUAUUAAAACUAUGUGAAACUUUCA